AUGGCUACUCUUUUAUCCCACCAAUGCCCUGAAGGGACUUAUUCAUUUUCAAGUCAGCCUAAGGUUGCCCCUCAAAGGAGAAAUUAUCAGGAUAAAUUUAAAUGCCAUAUAUUGCCUAUUUCUGCUCAACCAGAUCCCCUUGAACUGCAACGGCAGGCGGAGCUUAGACGUCGCCUUAUCGCCCGCCGAAGAGCCAAGGAACAACUAAGGUCUCGAACACCUCCACCAAUGGAAGGAAGGCAGAAUCAAGAUGUCCAAACGCAUCUUUAUCUCGAGGAAUUAGUCAGAAUUGAAGAGACUGAAGCCGAUUCCCAGACAGAUGCUUUUCUGGAUAUACCAGAGCCUCCUUUAUUUAUACCUGCAAAGGUUGGAAGGGAUGUCUCAACACAAAUUCUUGAUGGAGAGCUCUUUGAUUUCGAUCUAGAGGUUGUGCCUAUUUUGGACGUUCUUGUAGGCAAAACAAUAGAACAAUCUUUGCUUGAAGUAAUGGAAGAAGAGGAACUAUCCGAUUUACGGGCUCAACAAAAUGCAUUUGAAGAAAUGAGACAGGCUGAGAUGUAUGAACAACAACGCCUUCAGGAAAAGGAUAGGAGAUUGAGGGAAGAAAAGGAACGCCGUCGUCAACAGCAGUUGGCUACUCAUAAGCGUAGGAGAGAACUAACACAAAAAAUAGCUGCCAAAGCAUUUGCCACUGCAUAUUUAGCUGAUUUAGUCCCGAAUGUAUUUGGACAACUAAGUGAGCAUGGAUAUUUCAGUGAUCCAAUAGAAAAAGAUAUUGAAGAUGGCUAUCUUCCUUGGUUGAUGCUUGCUGUAAAUGAAGAACUUUUGCUCCAAGCAAAAGCACGUUUGGUCUUGGAUGGAAUGAUAAGAGAAGUAAAUUUUGCUUUGUACUUAUUCCAAUACUUUUCUACGUUAAUUUCUAAUGAAGCUCAAUUAUGA